UGUAGAAUUUGCAAACGAAGUUCCUCCCGCCUGCCACAGGCUGGCAGUAAGGAAGAAGAAGCUAGAUGUCGAAGCUGAUCACAAUGGCGCAACGAGGGUUCCCACCAGUCAUCUCCGUUGCCACCAUGGCGGCCCUGCUGUUGCUCGCAUUCCUAACGUCGGCUAUGCAUGGACAAGCCGCAUCUCCGGAAGCGGGUACGGUCAAGAUCUCGGGUUUUAAGUACAACGGUGAUGGCUGCCCGCUAAGGUCUGCGGAGGGGGCAGUAUCGGAUGAUGGAGAAGUGAUCACUGUGAUGUUCAGCAAUUACACUGCGUCGACAGCCGCUGCCUGGGACGGUAUGCGGAGGAGGUGCACGGUGACGAUCAUUCUGAGUUAUCCGCCAGGUUUCAUCUUCGGCUUGGGGAUGGUCACUAUGCGCGGAUACGCCAAGCUGGACGCAGGCGUGACCGGGUCCGCUCAGACCAGUCACAAUAUCCCCCUGGCACCAGGGGCCGCUAGAAGCAAGCGCGUCAUCACCGGCCCUUUCGAUGGUAAUUUCGAGUUCACAGACGAGUUCAGUGUGGUGGCGUACAGCGUGUGCAACGUCGUCAGAAACCUCAACUUCAACUUCGAAGUGCGGCUGAAUCCUGGAAAUCCACCGAAAAGCGGCCUCAUGACUAUCGGCUCUGAGGGUCUCAAGCUAACGCAGGAGUUCUCCAUCAGCUGGGCGUCGUGCUAAGCUCCGGGCGGCGAUCCAACAUCGUCAGCUUUCCAGCUUGCCAGCGGCUAAGUUUGGCCAUAGCGCAUACUCACAC